GGUUCCGGGGGCCGGUGGCAUUUACUUCCGGCUGCAGGUGGUAGGACAAUGGCUGCGCUUCUCCGAGCUGUGCCUAGGUUUCCCGGAAAAACUGCAUGGGGACGGCCUCUCCAUGGGCUGUGGUGGUGCUGCAGUGGGCAGGAGGAUCCUAAGAGGUGGCUAGGGAGCACGUCACCCAUCUCAAAGGAGAAACCACCAGACGCAGAGACGGAGAAAUUCCAAAUGUUUUACCGUUUUGAUGCCAUCAGAGCCUUCGGGUACCUGUCUCGACUGAAGUUGGCACAGACUGCCCUGACAGUGAUAGCUUUGCCACCAGGCUAUUACUGGUACUCCCAGGGCCUCCUGACUCUCAAGUCCCUUUGCAUCAUGAAUGGGAUAUCAUGCUUUGCUCUGGCCAUGCUCUGCUGGAUGAGCUAUUUCCUUCGGAGACUGGUUGGCAUCCUGUAUCUGAACGAGUCUGGCACCAUACUGCGGGUGGCCCACCUGAACUUCUGGGGCUGGCGGCAGGACACAUACUGUCCCAUGGAAGAUGUGAUACCCCUGACGGAAACCAAGGACAGGCCUGAGGAGCUGUUCAUUCGUAUCCAGCAGUACAGUGGGAAACAGACCUUCUACCUCACCCUGCGCUACGGACGCAUCCUGGACAAAGAGUGUUUCACACAGGUGUUUGGGGCGCUGCAGACAUUCAAACUCAACAGCCCAGAGCAGAUACUGAGCUUUGUAUAGAAGUUUCAGCAUGGAGAAAGGCUUUGAGCAGUCAGUAGGGACUUCCAGAACUCUGUGCUGUGCCCCCUCCCAUGUCCAGCGGCAGAAAGGACUGCCAGAAGGGACUGUUAACUACACAUCAGCAAGCAGAGAUGUCAUCCAGGUGAGCACGAGACCCCAACCAGAGUUCUAGAGACUCUUGCUUUGGAUGGCCCUGCAGUGUAAUAAAGCCAGAUGGACCGUCUGCUGGUACACUAUUUUAUAAACUAAAGCCAAUUAUA